CCCUUUAGCAUCUUCCAACUCGUUUCUUUGGUGGCUCGAGUUUUUCUCUAUGAUCAAAUUCUUCUCCCUGUGGCAUCAAAAAUCAAAGGGAAACCAGUUCCUCUUAGCUUCAAAGUGAGAAUGGGGAUUGGACUGAAUUUUACUUCUGCAUCCAUGGCAGCAGUUGCAAUUGUAGAGAGUAUUCAUCGGGAAAUUGGUGUGGAACAAGGAUUUUCGGAUGAUUCACAAGCCAUAGUGCACCUUUCAGUAGUUUGGUUACCACCCUACCAUUUCCCGGUUGGCUUGUCUGAGGCUUUUGUUGCAGUUGGGCAGACCACAUUCUUUUAUUCAGAAUUACCUAAAACAAUGUCUAGCAUUGCAUCCAAUCUUUUCAUACUAGGCAUGGCUGCUGCAAGUUUGGUAGCAAGUUUUAUAACAAGCACAGUUGAUGAUAUUACCAAAAGAUUAGGAGGAGAGAGCUGGGUUUCAAGCAAUAUCAACUAGGGUCAUUAUGAUUACUACUACUGGUUUCUUGCAGGUUUGAGUCUGCUUAAUUUUAUUUACUUCCUAGCCUGUAGCAAAGCUUAUGAUCCUUGUAAAGAAGAUGAAGGUGAAAUUUCCCCCCAAGGAGAUGACAUUUAGCGAUAUCUCUGCGUGCUGUAUAAUGUCAAUUAGU